AUGCUCGUGGUCCUGCUCUUUUGUGCUUUAGUGUCAGCAGUGUCGUCAGUAUCCACCCCAGCACCAAAGCAAGAAGUCCACAGCUGGAAUGCUUGUUCCUUGGUGGUGUGUGGACCAGCUGAGAAAGGGAUACCCGGACGGGACGGCCGAGAUGGAGUUCAAGGAUUAAAAGGGGAAAAGGGAGAGCAAGGACUGCUAGGCCCAAAAGGAAGCCUGGGUCCUCCAGGGAAGAUGGGGCCAGCUGGACCAGCAGGACAAAAAGGGUCUCAGGGGAAUCCUGGAACAAGAGGCGAUGCUGGACAAAUAGGACCCCGCGGGAUUCAGGGUUUGCAAGGUCCUCCUGGAAAUGUGGGCCCUUCCGGACCGAAAGGUAACAUUGGCCCACAAGGUGAGAAAGGUGUCAAAGGAGAAACGGGUCUCAAAGGAGCCCUUGGUCCUCCAGGGCCCCAAGGCAAAAUAGGUGCCCCUGGACCAGCUGGGGCCAAAGGAUCAGUGGGCGAAAAAGGAGCAAAAGGAGACCUGGGUGUCCAAGGACUGCAAGGACCACCAGGUCCUCUAGGACCAAAGGGAAACCCUGGUUCUCCUGGACCCAAAGGAGAUAGGGGUACCACGGGUGAAAAGGGGACAAAGGGCGAUAGCGGUCUCUCAGAGGUCAAUCUUUUGAAGACCAAAGUUAGCAGCCUGGAAGGACAGCUGAAAGCUCUGCAAGCCAGCUUUGCCAAGUACCAGAAAGUCGCCAUGUUCCCAGGGGGACGCAGUGUCGGCAGCAAAGUCUUCAUAACCAACGGCUACGAAGGCAACUUCGAGGACUUGAGACUCAAGUGUGUGCAGGCCGGAGGGCUGCUGGCAACUCCGAGAAAUGUAGCGGAGAACGAUGCCAUCCAAAAGAUUGCAGUGAUGUACAACAAAGGGGUCUUCCUUGGCAUAACUGACGUAAAGACCGAAGGGACAUUUAAGUACCUAAACGAUCAGCCCAUCACUUACUCCAACUGGUUGCAAGGGGAGCCCAAUAAUAAUCAGGGCAAGGAGAAUUGUGUGGAAAUGUUCUCCAAUGGGAAAUGGAAUGACAAAUCCUGUGGGGAGAAAAGGCUACUGGUCUGUGAACUUUAG